CUUCCUCCCCGGCGUGGGCUCUCGCAGGCAGCCGGCAGCUCGGGGCAUCAAAGGUUGGGAAGGGCUCCGUUCCUCGCUUUGAUUCUCCCCCUCUCACCCCGCCUUUUUGCUUUUUCUUUCUCUCUCUUCUUUUUUUUUUUUUUUUUUUUUUUCCCUCAAGCUGGGGGAGGAAGAAGAGAGCGGCCACGUCCCACCCCUCCCUUCCUGCAAAUCCCCGCUCGCACUGCAAACAAUCUGCCUUCCCCAUUGCAUCCAAGGGAGAUAGCAACAGCAACAUCAUCACGGCAAGCCGGAUGGCAGAGCGGAGAGGAGGCUGCUGCUGAGGGAGGAAGGCACACACGCACACACCAGCUCGAUGUUGCUAAAGCGGUAGGAACCGCACGAAAAAUAAGCCAUGCUGCCCCAUGUGUCUGGCGCAUUGUGCUCCAUCCGAGCCUUUUAGGAGGAAGAAGAGAAUUAUCUGCUUCGGUUUUUUUUUCCCUGCCAGCGAGAGUGCGACAGACUUGCGAUGGUUGAAUGUCAAUGCCUGUGAGAGAGAGCAACAGUCAGAGCAGGAGGAGGACAGAAGGGGAGGAAAAUGAAGGUGGGGACGGUGGAGGAGAGAAAGAAGGAGCCUCGUCCAAUGCAUCAAAAGGAGGUCCCUGCAAUUGCUGAUAGAGCCCUGACCGCCUCGCCAUCCACAAUGGUCUGUACAAGCUGCCAAUGCGUUUGAUGACGUUCCUGUUUUGUGAAAGGAGGAAAGGAAACGUGACCAUGUAAGAUCCACGUUUCCCCGGUCAAUUACAUGCGAAGAAUAGAUCCGAUUUCGACGUGGGUUUUUGGUCCAGGAUGGUAACAGCUUAGGGAAUAAUACAGCCGCCUUCCCUCAUCAAUUUCGCCCUGAUAUUUUUUUUGUGUGUGGUCCAGACAGCUGCUGGAAUAGAGAAGGUCAGAAUAUAUAAAUAUAUAUAAAAUAUAUAUGAUAUAUAUAUUAUAUAUAUAAAAAUAUAUUUGUCUCAGUACAUCUGGGAUUAAGCUCAUUGAAUGCUAAUUAUUUCUUUCCGGACUUUUAAUAUUUACAAUGAAAUCUUUUAAAGGCAACGGUAAAAUCUGAAGCCACCUGGGAGCACAGUGUUGAAAACGUAGGGUGUUUUCCCACAAACAAUGUGAAGGUCUUUUUUGUCAAAGAGGCAAUUUUGAUAAUAACAACAGCUACCAAUUUUGCAUUUUGAUAGCCAGACCAGCUGCUAUUUUGUCUGGAUGCACACCGGGAAUCGUGUGAUCGGGUUUUAUUUUUUAAUUGAAAAAAAAUUAUUAUAAAAUAGAAGAAAAAGGAAAAUUACUUGAGAUGCCAAAUACUGUCGAGAGAACCAUAUUCUCUCUCCUCCCCACACCCACCGGAGACGUGGACCCUUCUUUUUUACAUGCUUAGGAGUUGCGAGAGCUGAUCGGGGGCUUUCUCCCGAGACCGCCGCCUGCGCCCCUGGACCCUCGGGCGUGGGAGAUUUAUUUCCUCCUCCCGCUGAUUUCUAAGCAAACUUGUGGAGGGGGGAAAGGAUCCCUCGGCAGCACAGAGUCGGUUUUUUUCCUGGUGUGGAUUUUUUUUCUUCAAUCGCCGUCCCCGCCGGGUCGCAGCGGGCUGCCGGGGACUCGGCCCCCUCGCCCUCCGGCUCUGCUUUUGUACGUUCCCCGGCGGCCAGCGCAGCCCCCCCGGCACUGCGGCCGCCGCGGAGCCCCCCCGGCCGCGGGGCGCCCGGCUCCUGCCCUUUUCUUUCCCCCGUGCCCGCCUGCCAAGGAAAGGCACAUGUUAAUACCACCCGGCGCGGGCAUUUUCUGCUACUGCUGCUGCGGGCUCCUCCGUCCGAGACAGAUGUUGCGAAACCAAGGCCUCCUCAAGUGCCGCUGCCGCAUGCUCUUCAAUGACCUGAAGGUCUUCCUGCUGCGGAGACCCCCCGCGCCGCCGCCGCCCUCCCCGCCGCCGCCGCUCCCCAUGCCCGGCGGCGCAGAGGCGGCGGCGGGGGCCGCACCGCCCGGGGGGCGCGGGCCCGGCUGGCGGGCGGCGGGCGGCGGCGGCGGCGCGGGCAGCCCGGCCGCCGAGGAGUGGGGCAGCCCCGCCGGGGAGCCGCCCGCCUCCCUGCCCAGCAGCACCUCCUCGGAUGACUUCGGCAAGGGCAAGGCCGAGGACCGCUACUCGCUGGGCAGCAGCGUCGACAGCGGCAUCCGCACCCCGCUCUGCAGGAUCUGCUUCCAGGGGCCCGAGCAGGGGGAGUUGCUGAGCCCGUGUCGAUGCGAUGGAUCUGUGAAGUGCACGCACCAGCCAUGUCUGAUCAAAUGGAUUAGCGAGAGAGGCUGCUGGAGCUGUGAGCUGUGUUACUACAAGUAUCACGUCAUUGCCAUAAGCACAAAGAACCCUCUGCAGGUAAAGUGGCAGGCCAUCUCUCUGACGGUCAUUGAGAAGGUUCAGAUAGCAGCGGCCAUCCUGGGUUCCCUCUUCCUCAUCGCCAGUAUCUCGUGGCUCAUCUGGUCGACCUUCAGUCCUUCAGCCAAGUGGCAGCGCCAGGACCUGCUCUUCCAGAUCUGCUAUGGAAUGUACGGCUUCAUGGACAUUGUCUGUAUAGGUCUAAUAAUACACGAAGGGCCCUCGGUUUACCGGAUUUUUAAACGGUGGCAGGCGGUCAAUCAGCAGUGGAAAGUGCUGAACUAUGACAAAACAAAGGACAUGGAGGAGCAAAAAACAGGGACCAGGACAAAUCAGCGCCCCUCCUCCCAAACCACCCACUCGUCCUCCACUGGUGGUACAGCCACUAACUCCGCUCCAGCCGACAGCGGGGCACGGGCUGCCGGCCAUGCCACAGGCACCCUCUCUGACCACCACUGUGCUUAUACCAUCCUGCAUAUACUCAGCCACCUGAGGCCUCACGAACAGAGGAGUCAGUCUAGUAGUAACAGAGAGCUCGUCAUGAGGGUCACGACGGUCUGAGCAGAGGAAUUCAGGAGGCCUUAACACGAAGCGGAGGAGACAAAGAACUCAUAAAGCAGAGGAGCAUGGUGUGCCUUUUUCUUUCUCUUUCCUUUUCUUUUUUCUUUUUUUUCUUCUCUUCUUUUCUUUUUUCAGUAACUGCACAAGAUAUAAGAGGCGGCACCUGGCCAGCUAAGGAAAAAAGCAGGUGGAGGGAGAGCUGCACACUCAUGCUAAAGAGGUUAAUGUUUUCCAGCCUGUUUAAAAAAAAAAAAAAAAGAAAAAAAAAAGAAAAAAAUAACAACACAAAUCACAAAAAAACCAACAAAACAAGUGCAAUACAGACUACAAACUGAGUAGGCAGAGUUCUGGGGAAGCAGAGGAACAGACGGUUGAGCAUGUCUUACAAAUCCUAUUACCUGGAAUAGGUAACGCUCUGUGCACAGCCCCCGUACACGCACGCACGCGCACACAAACACACACGUAGUGUGAGAUUUAUAAAAACAUGGAAGGGAAUGAAAUAUUUGGAGUGGUUUUAUUUUCCAGACUCCAAUUAACCAGGGCUAUGAGUUGUUUUGUUUCAUGAGUCACUGAAGCCUUGUUUGAUUUACUGUGGGGUACCUGAAGUGAAAUGGCUGGGGAUUUUUCAGUAUUGAUUUACAGAAGACAUAUUGAAUCAUCUCACUAAGAAAAUCUUAACAAAAUCCAGGCAUACCCAAAUUUCACCAAGAAGCCUGUUUUUUUCAUAAUGUUCCUGACAAGGGGUUUGUGAGGGUAGAACUGGGAGGGGGGAGGGUGCUCCAUAACCUUUAUUUGACGUAUAGGCAUUUUUGGCAAAUUUUGUACAAACGUUCCGCAGGUGUUUCAAGCACAAGUACUGGUGUGAUUCAUGCCUUCAUAACCCCAAAUGCAGCAUCCAGACCUUACCACCCACACACAUCAUUUUCCAUGCAGACAUUCCAGGUUAAUUUCCUUCCAUUUUACUCUAAUCACAAGAAGCUGACCCAUCUUUGGUGGGUUUCUGCUCCCUUGCUGAUUCAGACACUCAUACAUUGGAGAUGUACCUUUUUUUUUUUUGGUGUCUGUAUCUCUGCUGCUCAAUUUGCAACAGUCUCACUCAGUCUUGUAGGCUGAUCCUUUCACAUCCAGUCUGUUAGUUUAUUACAGAGUCUAUUCCAUUCAAUCAUCCAAAAGAGAGAGUUAGUCUGAAGAGGGAGCACAGUUGCUGACUGACUGUGUAGCACUUCUAAUAAGUCUCCUUCUCUGGGAUAUAUCCUCGAAGGUAUCGGUUGCUCUUCAGGAACAUUCUCUUUCAAUGCACAAUGGCUGAAUCAUUUGUGGAUAUUAAAGGGACACUGUCAAGUACUUUUUAAAUAGUUUUUAGGGUUUGGGCUUUUUUUACUCUCCAUUGUUUGUAAUAUUCUCUUACAAGCUUGAAAAUAAAAUUUCUUUCCCUACCGAUUUUGUCCUUUUCCAUUUGGGCAUGUAUGGUUCUCUCCACUCACCCCAUUCCUUUCACUAUCCCUGUCCUUCUCCUCCCCACCUUUCUUCUGUGACAGGAGGAAAUCCAUAUUUCUGAUUUCUUGCUGACUGUCUUCAUUCUAUGGAGGGUAUGUCCCAACUCUAUGGGGUUGAGUUAUUUUGCAGCUGCUACAGAGGAAGCAUAAGAGCAAGAACCCUAGAAAUACAGAGAUUAGCUGGGAUUUUCAGGAGCAGAAGCUCAGCUAUCACAAAACAAUGACCUCAUAGUGUUCAAGCCUGAACCCAGCUCCCUCCAAAAUCAAGAUAAAGUCUUCAGCCAAACUGCACCCAUUUAGCAGCAGUGCCAAGCAACAUUGCACGAUGGCUGAAAGCAGCUGCCCUCCAUCAUCGUACCAGCACCUCUCACACGUUCUGUGAGACAGGGCAAACGGGCUGCCACAGGUUAGGUGUUUCUGGACUGGAGAAGGUGUCAAACUUCAGCCUCUGUGUUUGAGCAUGGCAGCCAUCCUGCAGCGUUGGGGAUGGAGGUGAGCAGCUUAAGGCAAGGUCGUAUUUUUCACCUUGAUUACUUGACAGUGUCCCUUUAAAUAUCAGAAUGCAACAGAACAGGUACUUACUUCUCUGGCAGAGAAUGUGGGAGGUGGAACAGCGUCCGAGAAAGCCAGCUUACUGAGGACCAGUGUGAAACAGCAUGGUUUCUGAGGCCACUGUACCUUUGUCUGACCAGAUUUACUAUCUACCAAAGAGUGCUUUUGGCAGAGGGGAGAAGAGAGAUGGUGGUGGGCAGAGGGAGAGGGAAGGUGCAGCUCCAGUCAUCUCUGAAAGUAGCUAUCCCCCAGAAGGAAGGUGUUGCAAUGAAUGAUCUCUGCAAGAACUGCAUCAGUAGAGAGAAACCUGGCCAAAGCAAGCAAACACAGCAGCCUCUCACUCCUUUGCCUGUUCUGGAAGCUGUCCACAUUCCGAGGGAUGAAUAAUAAUAGUGUUUUUGGGAAGGGGAAAGUAUACACAGAUGAAGGGACAGCUGUCACCCAUGAUGUCGUUUCCCUCCCUGCCCUCCACUCAUUUAACAUGGAGAAGUCAAAUUCCUUUAAUUUGGCUAACAGAUAAAAUGUUACGAGGUCAGAAGCACAACUUGCUGUGAAAGAGUGGUGUACUCUGAGCACACAGGACUCUGCAUACUCUCACUCCAGCUCUGCCACUGACUCUGUAGCCUUGGGCUGUUUGGCUCAGUCCCCCCUCCACGCCAAGGGGGAAUAACAAUACGUACCUACCUCACAGGGGUGUUGUGAGAAUCCACGUUGGUAAAGCCUGUUGAAGCGCUGAGUCUACCGCCGGUAGUGCCGAGGUGUGUGGUGGGGGUGAGCAGCGCUGCCCUUUUGCUGGUUACAGUGGGAUCACAGCGGGAGCCCAUCGGCCUUCUCCUCCCUGGAGACCUCCUCGCGCGGACGCGGAGGCUGUCGCCCGAGUGCCCUCUCCUCCAUUGCAUGACAUUUUAAGCGGCUGUGAGGUGCAGGAUAGUGACAGACAUGAAGUCCUACUUGACCAGGGAUUUGCUACAACGUUUUCUAUAUCUGUGGGGUUUGUUGGUUUGUUUUUUCCAUAUAUUGUGCUUAGAAAUAAACUUUCCACUUAGGGCUGGCGGUUUGGGGUCUAUUCUGUUGCAUGGCAAUGUAUACAAGUCUUAUUGUCUGUCUUACUGUGCAAAUGAUCCCGCAGCCCAGUUUCAGAGAUGGGCAUGGUCUGAGCCUUUUCACAGCGGCGUAAGACUCAAAAGCCUGUCUAGACUGUUUAAUAUUUAAACAACACUAUGAACUUGUCAAUUGUAUGUGUUCUGUGCAAUACGAAGCAUGUCAUUAGCUGGCUUGAUGGGCAGAGGGGCUAAAGGAAGGUCAAAACUUGUUCAAAGAGCUUCAUACACGUGCCAGCAUGGGAGCCAAAGGGCUGCCACCAGCAAAGCAAACUUGGGGGAAGCCAUUGGAAACUAUUUUCAGAACAGUUUACUCCAGAACAAGGUACUUCUGAGUUUACGAACUUCUAGGCUGCCAGCCUGCGAGAACAAGUGCAAAUUUAGUGUGGGGGUUGGGGUUUUGAAUUCCCUUUUUCUUUCCUCCUCCAAGUUUUGAUGGCAGAAAUACUGAGGAUCUCUUCCUUCCAUGGCACAGUUCUCUCAUCUCCCACAAUCUCCUUGUGCCGUCCCCUUUGUGCUACUAUGCAGGACUUUCAAAGGUGCAAAUGGAGACAGUACGCUCCUGAGACAUGAAAAACAAGUUGUGUAUUGGGUGAUUCUAGCAGAUAGAUGAGAUGGGGCAGAGCUAUGCUACAGAGGCAUCUCUUCUUCCCUAUGUCUUUCUUCUAGUCUUGUCUGCUGGGUCCCUGAAGAGACGUUCCCUGUACUUUGUUACAAAGCUGUCAGAUCACCUUCCACUGACAAACAAAGCUUGCAGGGUUUGGCAGCUGUUUCUCCCAAUGGAGAAAAUUCUGGGUCCUAUCACUGUGUAGACCCCUCAGUUCUUGGGCUUUGUGGUCCUCCAGCAUUGUUUGGGGGUGGUCAGUGUGGAGGACUGUGUUCAGCCAUCAUCAGAAAUCGUGCGUGUAUGGUCCUGCUCAAUCUUGUGAUUUCUGCCAGUUCCCCUGAUUUUCUGUCAGCUUUGACAGGUCUUUCUGGUAAUGCUUUUCUGGUUAUGCUCUUCAGAGGUGUUUUGCUCUGUGUCAGUUGCCAAUGCUGUUCUUGCCUACUGAAACAUCAGUGCUGGCCUCCAGCUUCCACAGCUCUUCCAUUCUUGCCAUGCUGUCUCUUGGUAAAUGCUCACUGCCAAGUUCAAACCCUCCUCCUCUGUGCCUGCAAGGGGUCAAGCACAUGCACUAACCCAAGGGUCACCAGAGAACACAGGGAAUGUUAAGAAUCUGUAUCAGUAAGUCAAACUCUAUAACCAUCAGUCUUUGAUACAUAUAUUUACCUUGCCAAUCUCAGUGCCUGCUGUUAAUUGGCUGCUACAAAAAAAAACGACAAAUGCUGGCAAAACCCAUAUACCCAGCUAACACUUGAUUUCCAAUUUAAAAUGAAAAAAACUGUGGGCUGUUUUUGAGAAAAAUCUGGUGUGUUCCCUGUUGUGGUUUCCCAAGCAAGGUGGUGAAGGAUGGUGCCCAUCCUUCCCAUGAUGGGAUGGGCAACCCAAGGAAAGAGAAAGUCAGCAGCUUAGAUUUGAGUCAAGAGAAGUGUUGGCUGUCCUGUUUUCACUCAGGGAGACAGGAGAAUACUAUUUACACCUACCAGAUCCU